AUGACGAGCAACAACAACAACAUCCACAACAAUCGCAGUUGGCUGUCUUCGUCGUCGUUUGGAUCGCAGGAUGACCUGAGCACCGAGGACAACCACAACCACAACAAUCACCACGCGUCUUUUGGUAGUGCUCGGAAACCCUCCCGAGACCGCUACAAUCAUUACCGGCGAGAUGGUCCUGCCAAAGUGCGACCGUGGAUGCGCGACAAGAAGGCAGUGACGGGAUCCUCCUCUUCCGGUCGCCUGGCAUCUUCGGCCUUUCGAGUGGGCAGUCGACCCGUGCUUUUGUCCGAAGCAACGAGUGGCAGUGUGUGCUCCAAUUCUUGUGGCAAUUCCGUGUCCUCGCAAUCCUCCUUUCCGGAUCAACAACAACAACAACGACCACUGCCGCGAGAAGUGGGUGCGGCACCCGUCUCUUCCAAGAGUGUUCUGUCCAUGGCAUCCGCCGAGAGAGAAGAAGAUGUCUCCAUGUUGACACUCAAAGAAGAUGUCUCCAUGAUCACCACUUCUGUAGCAGCGGAAGAAGAAGACGAAACAUCCACUAAACAACAACCUACUUGCGUAGCAGAAGAAAGCUAUCUCACUGUCGAAGAACCCGUCAUCUCGCACCAUGGCGACAAACCAGCAGCAGACACACAAUCGGUGCAAUUGUCCGUGGAGGCUGUCCAAGAUGAAAAUGCCACGGUGGACAGCGAUGGUGAGUCUGCGCCAGACUCUCCUCCGCCAUUGGUACCAUCCCUGGAUGACGAAGACGACGAAGAAGCAACCAAUGAUGAUGCUUCCAAGCAUGACAACAAGGACAACCAGGAGAAAACUGCAGUCGAGGCUGAAAAGAUUGUCGAAAGUGAGAGUUCACCACAAGAAGAAGCAACCUCUACUGAAAUUGUGCCAGAGCCACCAAGCGACUCUGCAGCAGCAAACGACAAUGCGGAUCCAGUGGAAAUGGCACCGAAAGAGACAGAUCCUGCACCUGCGCUAGACAAAAAAGAAGAAACUUCACCAUUCGAUGAAGAGACUGUCGCCACCAAUGACAUUGACAUCCCCGAAACCAACCAUCCCGAGGAAGCUGUACAAACAACCGUCGAACCAGAAAUUCCAGCUUCCGAACCAGUUUCCACCAGCAUGCCAACAGCACCAGAGGAACCUCCCAAAACAAUGCGAGACCCUCAUGAGCAUCACGAAGAAAAAUCACAAAAAGAGGAAGAAGUAUACGAUGUGCUCGUACCGGUGCAACCGACUUCCUACAAUCCCAUGGCAUUUCAAAGGCCGACAUCUGUGGCGGCCUACGCCACGCUGGAAAAACCAACUCCUCUCGUCAAGGAACAAGCGGCGCUCUUGAACGAUGCCAUUCAUGAAGUUGCAUCCGAAGAGGAGCAAGAAUCCUUUGACGAAUAUGAUGAUGUGACGACGCCGCACAAUAUUUCCACCGAUUCACUGUUAGGUGUCCAGGCAUUGGAUACCACGCACGAAGAUAGUGUCUUGGAGGGUGUGAUGGAAGAAGAUGACGAACUGAACAUUAGUGCCGAAGAGGAUGAAUUCUUGAAAAUGUGGCCCAAAUCAGUGGAUCUCGCUGACUUGCCAGAGGUGGACCUUCCGGCCGAUUGGAAUGAGCAGCAAAUGCUGGCUGUGGUGGCCACGCAAACCUGGAUUCGCAGUCAACAACAACAACCCGUCGGUAGUCCGUCCAAAGAGGAUCCCAAGGCGACCUAUUGUUCGUAUUUUGCGGCAGCGCUGUCGCAUUGCCCGGCAUUGACCACGGCAUUUUAUGCUGACGAUGAGAGCUCGCAAAGCUGUUUCUGCCCCUGCAGUGCGCAGAUGGGAAGUUGGAGGUCGCAUCGGCUCUCCGCCAAGGAGGAGAAAGUACUGUUUGGGGAGACUGUGAAAUGUGAGAGUCGACAAUUUACACCCGUACAACUCUUGGAGCAUUGCCACGAGACCACACAGAAAAGCGACGAUACGGACAGUCGCUUUCUGCACUCCGUUGUGCACAAGUACUUGGAAGCCUUGUUUGGGGAAACCCAUGAAGCGUUUGACAGUUUGGCGGAGAAACAGAAAGCGGAAAUGGAAGCGGCAAAACAAGCUGACGCAGUGACAGUUUCAAAAGAACUAGUGGAGGAAUUGGACCAACUCCGAGCAGAACUGGAACGUGUCAAGGCGUCAAACAACGAACUCACUGAUCAGUUGAAGGUUGCCGCAGAACAGACUAUGGUUCAUGAAGCCAAGAGUAUUGCAACAACCGCUUCUGUUGAAGCACAGGCUGCACAGAUCAAAGACCUCACAGAUGCUUCCCGAGAACUGGCCACUUCGAAUCAGGAGCUCCUGGAAAAGCUGAAAGCGGCAGAGGAGAAUGGUCAGUCCUUCGAGGCCAAGAACGCUCAAUUGACCAAGACCACCGAAGAGCAAUCUCGUGAACUUCAGGAUCUCAAAGAAGCCUCCCAGUCGCUGGCCGCUUCUAACCAAGAUCUGCUCGUGAAGCUGAAGUCAGCCGAGGAAAAAGGAGAUGUGUUUGAGGCGAAAAGCCUCGCAGCAACAGCGUCCUCUGGUGAACAGGCUCAGCAGAUCAAAGCACUCAAAGAAUCCUCCGAGGCGCUCAAGAAGACUAACGCUGAGCUGAGCGAAAAACUAGCAACUGCAGAGAAGCAAAGAAAGGAGAACGAAGAAAAAAGCACUACAGCAGCCGCUUCCGUUGCGGAGCAGGAGGGGAGGCUAAAGGAGCAGGAAGAGAGGCUAAAGAAACUCGACGAAGAAAUCCUUAGGUUUAGCAAGUCGAACGAGGAGUUGACAGAAAAACUCAAGGCUACCUCAGAGAAGCUACAAGAUGCACAUGCCUCAUCAAAGGCUCAAGCAGACAUGAUGAAUGCCAUAUGCGAAGAAAUGAAACUGAUGGAAGAGAAAAAGACUGAAUUGGAGCAGAAGCUCAAAGACUCCGAUGCCAGGGCGAAGGACCUAGAGGAGAAGCAUGCCGCAGUUACAACUGCCGAGAAUGAAGCCCUGGAUCGAAUACGGAAGCUGGAAGUGGCAAGGAACGAUCUCGACCAGGCCAACCUCGUGCUUACAAAGAAACUCAAAGGGGCAGAGGAGCGAGAACAAGCACAGGCUAGUCGAGAUGAAAACGCAUGUGUGGUCAACGUUGGAGAUAUGUCGGUCGACCUGAGGCGUUUCCAAGUACAGUGUCAAAAGUACUUUAGUACUUUGCGAGUGGUUCAGCUUAAGAGUCACUGUAUCCGUGACAAGUCUCCUGCAAAGUUUACCGUUCCCUGCAAUCCAAAAAAUCGCGCUGUGAUAGACAUUCAAGCCCUUCUCGACAAAGGAGCAGCAAUCGAAUCGCAAGAUGCAACCUACAUGUUUCGGUCGCUGGAUACCUUCAAUAAAGGGCACUUCCAUACGCACAAGCUCCUCCUCCCGUGGAAGAUUGUAGGUGGAGACGGCAACACUAUCAGUCGCGCCCAAUUCUUUUCUCAAGUGUGGGAACAACUGGGAGGGCUGAAAGUUAACGUUACGGAUAAAAAGACGGAGGUCCCACUCUUCCAGGACAGCUUGGGAACGCUGAUCCCAAUGCCAAAUGCUGUGUUGGAGGGAAUGCUUCGGGUCACACCGGCGGAGUUGGACAGAGUAUUUGCUGCUAGACUUGCUCCAUAUUAUCGUGCCAUCGGACGUCUAAUGGUACAGUGUGUGGGAGCUACCGCAGAUGACGGCGCCGAUUACCGACAAAAAAUCGCAGGUUCUGCCUUGCCUUACAUCCUACGACAAAAGCUUUUCCGUGGUGUCGACCCAGUUGACGAAAGUUAUCCGCUGGAGGAUCUCCUGGACCAUGCAUUUUCCCUUCUUGGGAUGGAAGGGAUGACACGCGACAGAGCCUUUGAGUAUUUUGGUAUUGAGGCAAAGGACUACAAUGACACUGCAGGAGCGGUGAAGCGUAUCAGGGAAGAAGUGCACGAGAUGUGGAUCAAGGAACGAUCCCUUGCACUCAAGGCACUCGAAGAAGGUCUCACUCUGAGUGGGCUUGCGGACCUUUCUUUCUGCUGCGGCUUGGUCCCACUAGAGGCUGUCAACGAAGUUAUCUUUACUCAAUAG